AUGGAAGAGGAUCGGGCUGCCACAAACUUGGGGCCAACUCCUGAGGAGGAGUUGAGCGGCGAGCCCAACAUUGCUCCCAAGCAGCCGAAGAAGAGAUUCGUCGGCCGUAGGGCGGCAGAGAGUGCUGCUGCUGCGAAAGCGAAGGCCGACCCAAACGCAAAUAUCGAGGAUAGCGGCGCAAUACAAGUUGCGCAACCCCGGAGAACAGCACGCGCGCUGAAUAACAUUCCUGCCUCUAUCCUUGAAGAUCCGGACAUCAAUGCCGCUAUCUCGCUUCUUCCCUCAAACUACAACUUCGAAAUCCACAAGACCAUCCACCGUAUCCGCCAGAAUGGCCACAAGUCUGUGGCACUCCAGCUCCCCGAGGGCCUUUUGCUCUUCGCGACAACAAUAUCCGACAUUCUCACGCAAUUCUGCCCCGGUAUAACCACAACAAUAAUGGGUGACGUCACAUACGGCGCUUGCUGUAUUGACGAUUUUACUGCUCGAGCUUUGGGCUGUGAUCUGCUGGUUCACUACGCACAUAGUUGUUUGAUACCCGUUGCGGUCACCAAGAUCGCAACACUGUAUGUGUUCGUCAGCAUUGGGAUCGAUACGCAGCAUCUCGCCGACACGAUUGUCCGGAAUUUCAAGCCGGGACAAACCAUUGCCAUGGUAGGCACAAUUCAGUUCAACGCAACGAUCCACGGCCUUGCGCCACAGCUGCGGAGAGAAGGUUACAAUAUCAUUGUACCCCAAAUAAUGCCGCUAUCCAAAGGCGAAAUCCUGGGCUGUACAUCUCCGCGCUUUUCUACUCCUAAGCAGAAGUCCGAAUCUCUGGCAGUCUCAGCUACUGGAAAGGCUUCCAAGGACGCACCAAUCGAAGCCGACUGCCUGCUGUACCUCGGAGACGGUCGCUUCCACCUUGAAUCCGCUCAGAUCCAUAACCCACACCUACCUUCAUACCGAUACGACCCAUAUAGCCGUCGCUUGACUCACGAGACCUACGCACACACUGAGAUGUACUCAAUCCGCGCGUCAGCGAUCGAGACUGCAAGAAAGGCACGGAAGUGGGGUCUCAUCCUCGGUGCCUUGGGCCGCCAGGGAAACCCGCACACCCUCACGCUGAUUGAGAACCACCUCAAGCAGAAGGGCAUCCCGUGCAUGAAGAUCCUGCUGAGCGAGAUUUUCCCGGGCAAACUCCAGCUCAUGAGCGCCACUAAAGAGGAAAAGAAGAAAGCAGGGGUUGACGAAGACAGCGCGAACGUGGAAGACGGUGGCGUGGAGGCAUGGGUCCAGAUUGCCUGCCCGAGAUUGAGCAUCGAUUGGGGUUAUGCAUUCCCCCGGCCACUGCUGAGCCCGUACGAGGCGUUGGUAGCGCUGGGUGUCCGAGAAGGGAAAUGGAUGGAGAAGGCAGGGCAGGAAGACGUCGGCGAGGACGUGUACCCCAUGGACUUCUACGGAAAAGAAGGCUUGGGCAGGACGACUGUGAGUAGUGUGCAGGUCCAGGCUUGA